UUAAGUUGCGUUUCCAGUUCGGUUCAAGUUCGACAAACAGAAGAAUAAUAAAACCGUGAUAAUGCGGUGGUUCAAAUUUUGUUCCGUAAUUAAUUUUCUGCUCCAAGGCGUGUAGCUAUGUAACAGGAUUCGUAAUCUUCCGAAUGCGAUAUAGCAGUAAAAAACGUAUGUGACACUGAAUAUAUUCAUUUUGUAUGUAGUUAAGAAUGUUGUUUUCAACAUUGUUUGGAUUGUUUGCACUUGGAUUAAGUGAAUGGGUGGAGAUCACCAAAGUGUCCAACAAAAAUAAGCGUUUCGACCUUCCCAAAGUUUACACAACAACAUCUUUGUAUGAAGUAUUUUUGAAGCCCUCAACCGAAAAUGGCAAUUCACACAACAACCAGACACAUAAACCGAAUGAUCAGCCCACAUCGGCAGACGAAUAUAAUGAAUACUACUACGAUGAACCUUCUGGUACAAACGUAGACAAUAAUAUUAAGAUAAACACCAGUAGAGCAGAAUCCGAAAUGCAAUACGAUGAUUAUAUGGUUGAAAGUGAGGAUGAUGAAAUCAAGAAUUCAAGUACAACAAAAAUGGAUGAAGACAACGAAAAACAAACUAUACCAAAUCCAAAUAAAAACAAAGAAACAACCACGGAUUUAUAUGCCAUAAUAAAAGGAAUUCAAAAUCAAUUGUUGAAAUAUCAAGCGAAAUCCGUAAAAUCGAAAAUAUCGGUAUUGAAAAAUUUACGAGAUUCGAUGUUACUUAAUAUAAGCAAGUCAUUUAUGACCAGUGUUGAUCGUGUUUGGUUUUAAUUAUUCUUGAAUUCUAGAAAACAGAAUCUCUCAUUUAUGGACUGGAGCCCAAGGAAAAUCUUUUGAACACGAACACACCGAAAUGGAUUUCCCAUCGAAUGAAGGCGCACUUAUGACGAUCGGAUUUUUAACAUUCGCUGUCUUUUUGGUCAAACUUGUGCUGAAAUUAAUCUAUACAUUAAAAUACAAGCAACAGUACUAUUUUGCAACAUCGACAACCACAACUCCAACAAGUAUAUUCCUGAGAACCAAACGGGAGAUGUCCGAGGAAUAUCUCCGAAGUACUGCUGGGAUAUUAGAAUCGUUGGAAAAUUUUGAAUCUAGAAUGAAGAAGAAACGAAAUCGACCUUCAUAGAGUGAGCCUUAAGAAGGUGGCGAUUAUUUAAUAAUUUCUCGUCUUGUUACACGUCUGCUUAAAUGCUUCUCUGGAAAAAAUCGUUUUUUCAUUUCUUAGUUAUGUUUUUAAUAGUUUUCGGAUUUCAUAUUUUAUUAUAUAUGAAUAUUAGUGCAAUUAUGUCUAGAUUUUAAAAAAUGUUAUCGUGUAAUAAAAAUCUAAUCCUUAAAAAUAUGUAAAUUGAGUUCUCAGCAGAGUUAAUGAGCUAUGGAAAAUCAGUCAGCACCCAAAAUAACUUACUUUGUCAAUA